AUUUUAUAUAUCUCAAAAUGAAAAUCAGUGAGAAAAACUGCUAUAAAAAUUUCUCAGCAUAAGCAUUCCUGCCUCUUCGAUCACAACAUAAAUUCCCAAGAACUCUGAAAUCUGAACUUCCACUCCUUUCACCAAAUUCCCUCGCAAAAUCCCACAUCUCUCUGUGAAAUCCAAGCAUGGGCACCUCUCAGAGCCGGGAAGGUCAGCACUUGUCAGACUCUGAAUCAGAGGAGGAGCAGGAAGAGGAAGUCCAUCACGACGCGGUUGAGCGCCAAGAGACCCCUCAAAGCACCUCUUCUACCCCACCUAGAAAAGCUCUAAUGGAUUCAAAGCUCAAAUUCCCCAAAAAUGCUCUCCCUAACCGCCCCGUCAAGCUUUAUCUCCAUGUUGGCGGUAACACCCCCUCUGCCAAGUGGGUCUCCGAUAAGCUCACUUCGUACAGUUUUUUUAAGACCUGUAAAAUCGACGGCAAUGAUGAUUCUGAUAAAGAAGAGGAAUAUCAUGGUGGAGGUAGUCCCUCUUGGAUUUUGAAAGUUGGGUCCAAAGUUAAGUCUAGAGUUUCCACGGAAAUGCAAUUGAAAAUGUUUGGUGAUCAACGGCGUGUUGAUUUCGUUAACAAUGGAGUCUGGGCGAUGAAAUUUUACACAUACGAGGAGUACAGAAAAUUUGUGACCCAAUUUCAGGAUUGUCUUUUUGAGAAUGUUUAUGGGCUUGAAGCCACCGAAAAGAAUAAGAUGAAGGUUUAUGGAAGGGAAUUCAUCGGCUGGAUAAAGCCAGAAAUUGCCGAUGACACGAUGUGGGAGGACGCCGAGGAUAAUAAUGCGGACGGCAAAAGCACACCUGUGCUUGUAAAUCAGGAGUUGGAGGAGUUUGAGGAGGCGGCUAAUGGGAGUGUGCAGAACUUGACUUUAGGUGCUUUGGAUAAUAGUUUCUUGGUUAAUGAUUCGGGUGUUCAAGUCUACAGGAAUUAUCAUAAGGGUAUCCAUGGGAAUGGAAUUUGCGUGAAAUUUGAUAAUAGAAGUGGAGCUAGUUCAGAGCAAUCUCCCCCUAAAAAGGCAAUGCUUAUGAGAGCAGAGACGAAUAUGAUGUUAAUGAGGCCAUUAAAGCGAGGGAAGCCACAUUCAACAGGAAUUCAGCAGCUUGAUAUUGAAACGGCUAAGAUUGUGACAGAGUGGAAGUUUGGGAAAGAUGGGUCUGAGAUUACAAUGAAAGAUAUAACAAAUGAUACUAAAGGGGCUCAAUUGGAUCCAUCAGAGAGUACCUUUCUGGGUCUGGAUGAUAAUAGGUUAUGUCAAUGGGAUAUGAGAGAUAAGAGAGGGAUGGUGCAGAGUAUUGGUGGUGGUUCUCCAGUUUUACAUUGGUGUGAGGGGCAUCAGUUCUCAAGAGGUACUAAUUUUCAAUGCUUUGCAAGUACAGGUGAUGGAUCCAUUGUUGUUGGAUCCCAUGAUGGCAAGAUUAGGUUGUAUUCAGGGACAUCAAUGAGACAGGCUAAGACAGCUUUUCCAGGGCUUGGCUCCGCUAUUACAAAUGUGGAUGUUACAUAUGAUGGGAAGUGGGUGUUGGGGACAACAGACAGAUAUUUGAUCCUUAUUUGCACUCUGUUUACAGAUAAAGAUGGUAAGACUAAGACUGGAUUCAGUGGUCGAAUGGGAAAUAAGAUGCCAGCUCCAAGAUUAUUGAAGCUGACUCCUCUUGAUUCGCACUUGGCUGGUGCCAAUAAUAAAUUUCAUGGUGCUCAUUUCUCAUGGGUAACUGAGAAUGGUAAACAUGAACGGCACAUAGUUGCCACAGUCGGCAAGUUCAGUGUGAUAUGGGACUUCCAGCAGGUGAAGAACAGCGCCCAUGAAUGCUACCGUCAUCAGCAAGGACUGAAGAGCUGUUAUUGUUAUAAGAUUGUGUUGAAGGAUGAGUCGAUUGUUGAAAGUCGUUUUAUGCAUGAUAAUUAUGCUGUUAGAAACUUCCCAGAAGCUCCAUUGGUGGUGGCAACCCCCAUGAAAGUCACCUCUAUUAGCCUUUCUGGCAAGCGAUCUCGAAGCUGAAACACUACUUUUUAACGCGUAUACAUUCUUUUCUGUAUUUAUAGUUUGCUUCUUCCAAUUCAAUUUUUAUUUUUUUUUUCAUCCUGUAUUUGGUUUGGCCUUAGAGAAUUUAAAUGAUGGUUUUUGU